AUGCUCCUCCUUCGGAAGCGCGUCCGCUCUCAUCUCCUCUUCGCCGCGCCCUCUCCUUCCACCUCCCCAGUCCUCUCUCUCCACCGCCUCCUCUCUGCCGCCGCGCCCGCCGUUUCCCCCAACCCUAGCUUCGUCGUGGAGGAGUACCUCGUCGGCACCUGCGGCCUGACCCGAGCCAAGGCACUCAAGGCCUCCACCAAGCUCUCCCACCUCAAAUCCCCCGCCAAGCCCGACACCGUCAUCGCCUUCCUUGCCGGCCUCGGCCUCUCCGGCGACGAUGUCGCGGCCGUCGUCGCCAGGGACCCUCUGUUUCUCUGCGCCAAAGUGGAGAGAACCCUGUCCCCCGUCGUCGCUGGGCUCACCGGCCUCGGCCUGUCAAAUGCUGAGACUGCGCGUCUCGUCUCGCUUGCCCCCGGCUCCUUCCGUAACAGAUCCGUCGUCUCCAAGAUAGAGUACUACCUGAAGCUCUUCGGCUCCAUCGAGAACUUGCUCCGGCCCCUCAAAUACGGCUCUGGCUUCCUCGACUCCGACCUCCAGAGGGUGGUCAAGCCCAAAGUCAGUAUCCUAGCAGAGUGCGGGCUAGGUGCUUGUGAUAUUGCCAAGCUAUUCAUCCUUGCACCGAGGAUCCUCAGCGCCAGCACAAAGCGUGUCUUGGGGAUGGUCGCAUGCGCCAAACGUAUAGGUGUGCCCCGUGGAUCCGGGAUGUUCAAGCAAGCGCUGCAUGCUGUCUCAUACUUCAGCGAGGACAAGAUCGCUGCCAAACUGGACUACUUGAAGAGAACACCUAGGUGGUCAGAUACCGAGGUUGGCAUUGCUGUGUCCAAGGCCCCGAUUUUGCUGGCAAGAUCAAAUGAUGUGCUGCAGCGUAUGUCAGACUUCCUAUUCUCUGAGGUGGGGUUGGACCCAGCCUACAUUGUUCAUCGCCCCGCUGUGCUCACUUACAGCCUGGAUGGACGGCUCAGGCCCUGCUACUAUGUUGUGAAAUUUCUUAAGGAAAGUGGAUUGCUAAAUCAUGACAGGGACUACUAUAGUAUGGUGAUGGUCAGCGAGAAGGUAUUUCUGGAGAAGUUCAUAUGCCCUCACAAGCAAGCUGCACCACACCUUGCUGAAGACUAUGCAGCUGCUUGCACAGGGCAGGUGCCUUCUACAUUCAGAUUUACAUGA